AUGGCAAACACAAUUGAAGCACAGAUGGAUACAUCAUUAAAUUUAUCACCAAAGAAACUAUCAUUAACUCGAGAAAUAGAAGUAACCAAAGAUGAACAACACAAAGUUAAUACUAACCUUGGUCAAGAAAAUCAAUCUUCUAUCGUAAUUGAAGCUACAGUAUCGAAUUCUGAUGGACUAGUUCAAUUAGUUGAAAGUAAUUCUGAUAAUACAACAAAUCAGGUUGAUCAGUUAACAACACAAUUGACAGAAACAAUUAAAAUACCAGAAGCAGUACAAAACAAUUUGGAGGAUCAUCAAACAGCAGUAGAUCAACUUUAUCAGGAGAAUUCAAAUAUAUCGACUGAAUUACAAGAACGUAUUGAACGUGCUGAACUUCGAGCGACAACAGCUGAACCACGCAUUGUUUCUCUUGAACAAGAUAUUCGAAGUGCAUAUGUGCAAAUGAAAUCAUUAAUUCUAUCUAAAGAAACAAUACGGUCGAAAGAGGACAAUUAUCAGAAGAAUAUUGCAGAAUUACAAGCUCGACUUACAGCAGCAAAACAACGAAGUACUGAAGCGAAAAUGGAUGUUGGGAAAAUGCAACUUAAAAUUGGUCAACUUCAAGAAAAAUUAGUUAUGGAACGAACUAAAAGUCCUCAAAUGAAAAACUGA